UUUUUAUUCUUGCUAAAACCCUGGAAACUUUUACAAACCAGCCCAAAAGAUCAUGCUCUCAUUCAAGAAAACCCCUCUCCGCCCCCUUUUUUUGGCCAUUUACACCCCCAAAUCCCACUACGUUGAUGUGAAGAUGAAGUGGAAAAAGGACCCUUUCUACGAUUCAAUCCAACCCAUCCAAAAAUCCAAUCAUCUCAAAUCAAUCAUUUCCAUCAAAAACGACAUCCAAACACACCCCAAUUCCUGCAUUCCAAUUUCAGCCAUUUCCAAACUGAAAUUCCAGUUUGAUGCCCCCACCAAAGUUUGCAAGUUCAUCAGGCAAUACCCAUCUUUUUUUGAGGAAUUUAGAGGUGAGCCCAAUAAUCUUCCAUGGUUCAGAUUGACCCACGAGGCCAUCGAUCUCGAUAGAGAAGAGUGGGCCGUGUACCGCGAUCGGCGGCCGGAAUUAGCUGCCCGGCUUAGGAGGCUGAUACUCAUGUCAAAGGAGAAGAAGCUCCCGUUGAGCGUGAUUCGAGGGAUGGGAUGGUAUUUGGGAUUGCCCAAUGAUUUCAUACAAAACCCAGAUGGGGAUUUUGAAUUCGUAGAGAUGGGAGAUGGGGUUCAAGGAUUGAGGGCUGUCAAUAGCGGGGAAGAUGUUAUUUCUGUUGUUCAGAGGAAUGCUGUGGCGAGAAUGGGAUGUUUGGCGGGACCCAAUUCACCAAUUGCAUUCCCGUUGUUUCCAUCCAAAGGCCUGCGGUUGAAGCGGAAGAUUGAGGUGUGGCUGGAUGAGUUCCAGAAGCUGCCAUAUGUAUCCCCUUAUGAGGAUUCUUCCCACUUGCGGGCAGAUACCGAUGUUUCAGAGAAGCGGGCUGUGGGCAUUCUCCAUGAGCUACUCAGCUUGUUCGUUGAUCACGCUGCGGAGAGGCGGAAAUUGAUCUGCCUCCGCAAGCAUCUGCGGCUGCCGCAGAAGUUCUCAGAGGUGUUUGUGCGGCAUCCUCACAUUUUCUACCUUUCGUUGAAGAACAAGACCUGUACUGUGAUUCUAAAAGAAGCUUAUAGCAAGGAUUCAGCAAUCGAGAAGCAUCCAAUCUUGGAGGUGAGGAAGAAGUACAUUGAAUUGAUGGACAAAUCAAAGACCAUCUUGAGAGACCGGCGGAGCCGGAAACCAGCUGCUGAAAUUGAGGAUUUGGAUUCGGAUGGAGAGAUGGAUUCUGAAGGUGUGGAGGAUUUUCACCGAAUCAAUUUGUAGUGAGGAGGGGAAUUGCAGGGUCCCUGAUUUGUAAAUGGUUGUAGGAGAAACAGGAAUAUUCAAGGGAUGGAAAUAGAUAAAAUGCCGGAUCAGACGAUGGUUUUAUUCAGGCCAGCAUGAUGUACUGGUGGGGCUCACGUCCGUUGAUCAGGACCAUUUAUGUGUAGGGAGAUGGAGGUGGAUGUGGACCAUCUUUUAUCUGCAGAGUGGGAUUCAUUUGAACUAUCUCUUUGCUUAUCUGGGAUUUAUGGGUCACCCAAAAUCACGUAUCUCAAAGUAUCGGGCAAAUGGCCGAGUGGGCGUCCGACGGUAUAUGCAAGAUUUUGUGGAGGAUGCGCACCCUUCGCCUCUGAUAUUGGGUGAUUUAGAGAGAGACCAAAUCCUAAUAUAGAUGGCAUUCAUAGGAGUUUCAGUCUCUGAUGUGCAAUGGAGUUGAAAAGCAAUAAUUGAAACCUGCUAGGUGGGAACAAAGGACUCUGAAUUAAUCUUUCUUUUUAAGUUGUUGAAUCUUUGUUUGAUUGAUUCAUGUGUGUUAUUCAGAAUCCUCAUGCUCAUGGAAUUGAAAAGAUUUUCAUGGAUGGAUGUUGUUAGAAAUGAAAAGGGAGAGAUUAUUUCGGCUUUUCUCAGGUCCAUGAGUAAUGUAAUGCAUAUAAUGUAAAGAAAAUGGACGUCGGAAAUUAUGGAAAGGAAGGACUCUCUAAGAACCAAUCGUUCUUUCAAGUUGUUGAAUCUGUCUGAUUGAUCAAUGCGGGUUAUGCAGAAUCAGGAGUUCUUUCAAGUUGCGGGUUAUUCAGAAUCAGAAGUUCUUUCAAGGAUGGAUGGGGUUGUAAGAAAGGAGAAGGAACAGACUCUGUUGGCUUUCUUGGGACGAGGAGUAAUGUAAUGCAUGUAAUGCAAAGAAAAACAAACAUCAGAAACUAUGGAAAAGGACUCCAAAGAAUCACUCUUUUCUUUUAUGUUGUUGAAUCCGUCUGAUUGAUCAAUGUGGGUUAUUCAGAAUCACCAUUACUUGAGGAAUCAGUGAAGAUUUUCAUGGAUGGAUGGAGUUGUAAGAAAUGAGAAGGGACAGAUUAUGUCA